CCAGAAGUUUUAAGAGGAAAAGAAUACACACAAGCAAGUGAUAUUUAUGGAUAUGGAAUUAUUGCAUAUGAAAUUUGUACGGGUUUCCCACCUUAUUAUGAUAUAGCUCAUGAUGAAUUAUUAGCAAUGAAAAUUUGCAAGGGGUUGAGGCCAAAGUCUAAUUAUAAAAUUCCUCAAUCAAUUUUUGCCAUUAUUAAUCAAUGUUGGGAUGCAGACCCUUUAAAACGACCUAAUGCAGAUGAAUUAUAUGUGUUAGUAGAUAGAUUACAUUUUGAAAUUAAGUUCGAAUAUUCUGUAUUUUAUGGGCAAGUUAAAGAAACGGAUUAG